CUGCGUGAGCGGAACUGUGAGUCACCUGAGAGACUGAAGAGGGUGAGUGGAGUGGGCCUGGUGGCCAUUUUACAGUAGUUCCUGUCUCCUUACAAACAGCCGCUCAAAGUCCAUCUGCAUGACCAGAGAGACGAGCUGGGGUCAAAUGGUUUCUCCCUCUCCAUGCCUCAUAAGGACUGCGUGAUUACUUCUUUCUCAAUGAAUCACCAAAAUCAGCCCGCAGCAUGAAAAGCUGGAGCAGGAAAUUCAAGAGACAAGAGGCUGACAGUGUGGUCGGGUCCUCCUCUAGCAAGAGGAACUCCAUUAGUGAUCCACCAGUGCCUGUGUGGGUUACUCACACACCCACACCAGAUAACAUCACAGAUGAUGGUGAUACUAACUCCACAGGCCGCACAUCCAGCACUCCGCCGUACGCAGAGAAGGAUGACAAUAAAGGGAGCCUGAAGGACAGACUGAAGUCCUUCAUCCCUCAGUCAUGGGGGGGCCUCAUCCAUAAAUGGGCAAAGGAAAGUGACAGUUUUAAUGACUCUGAGGCCAGCACCAGUAGGAUCCAGAUCCUUCCUAAUGGGACCAGGGUGAGCCCUCCUGUAACUCCCCUGCCAGAGCGCAGGAACUGGGGCGACUCACUUGGCCACUCCAGCCAGAACUCCCAGAAGCCUUUGUUAAGGGAUGAUGAUCUGUUCGAUGUGGUCCCACGAGAGGAGUCUAUCCUGACCAGCAUCCACCCUGCAGAGUACUACGCCGAGAAGCUGGAGGUCUACAACCUGAAGUACUCUUAUUUGAAAUCCUGGCCAGGGUUGCUGAGACUUCUUGCAGGACUCCAGCUGCUAUUCGGGGGCAUGGUCUUUGCUUGUGUCAUCGCUUACAUCCAGAAAGACAGCGAGUGGUCCAACAGCUACGGACUCUAUAAUGGCGUGUACAACAAUGGGCUAGGCCUGUCUGGGUACAGCUACAGAGGCCCCAUGACUCCCUUUGUACUGGCAGUAGCUGGAAUCUCCUGGAUUAUAACCCUCGCUCUCUUAGUGAUGGGAAUGACGAUGUACUAUCGCACCAUCCUCCUCGACGCCCCCUGGUGGCCUCUGACGGAGGCCUUCAUCAACGUGGCGCUGUUCCUGCUCUACAUGGCAGCGGGGAUCGUCUACCUGAACGACUUGAGCCGUGGAGGGCUGUGCUACACGACAAUAGGCAUUAACCCCAUCAUGGCCAAUCUGUGUCGGGUCGAUGGGGGCCAGAUGGCAGGAACGGCUUUCAUCUUCAUCAACAUGACGAUGUAUCUGGGAAGCUUCCUGGUGUGUCUGAAGAUGUGGAGGCAUGAGGCGGCACGUAGGGAGAGGGAGUACUUUGAGAACCAGGAGUUUCACCAGUCCAUCCCACUGACUCCUCAAAAACCAAAGCGCAUAUCAUUCAAGGAUGAAAUGGAUAAGUCUCCGAGCAAAGACUGUAUUAAUCAAACUGUGGUACAUAAGAACCCAGUCAGUCUGAACAGAGCCGCAGAAUACACCCCCAAAGUACACAUCAUCGCAGACUACAUCAUAAAGUAUCCAGAGAUCAGCAGUGUGGAAGAAAGGGAAAAGUACAAAGCAGUUUUCAAUGACCAGUAUCAGGAGUACAAGGACCUCCACAAAGACAUCAGCACCACCCUCGAUAAGUUCAGAGAGCUGGAUGUCAUGAUGGCACGACUGCUCAGAGAUGGAAAAAGCCAAGAGGAUCAGCAGAGGAUUCAAAGCAUUUUGAAGAAGUAUCAGCAGAAAAAGAGAGACCCUGGAUUCCUGGAGAAAAAGGAACGCUGUGAUUAUCUGAAAGCUAAAUUAAGCCACAUCAAAAACAGAAUCCGCACUUUUGACCUGGAAACCAUGGAAAAGGGUCGGACCAUGUAUGAGCCUCGGUACUACGAUAGCCCCCCUGUGUACAGCCCACCUUACAGCACUAACUCCCACAGCUUCUAUCCCCCGAGGAGCGUCCACUCCCCCCAGAGCCAGUAUGUCCCCUACACCUACAAUGUCCCUCCAGACUCCUACUACGUUGAAGAGAAGCCUCAACACUUCUACCGCUGGUUUUCUCCUCCUGGCUUUGUGAAAACCUUCCAAGGAGCCACAGCACUCAUGUGUUUCCUCAUCUUUGCCUGCGUGGCGUCGACCUUGGUGUGGGAUAUGAAUGGAUUUGGGUAUGGGGGCUACGGUGUUGGGGCCACAGGGGCUGUCGCAGGUGUGGAGUCGGGGUAUUAUGGAGGCAGCUAUGGCUACGGUGGCUCCUACAUGACGCCGCAGUCUGCCAAGGCGGCGAUGAUUUCAAUGGCGGCCAUUAACUUCCUGGUCUCACUGGGCUUCCUGGUGGGGAGUUUCUCGCGGUCACGGAUCAUGAGGGGAUGCAGGUUCUACCUCACUGUGUUCAUUUGUGAUAUCAUCUUAGCUGUUCUUCAGGGCAUCAUCGACAUCAUCUUUGUGAUCGGGGUGAACCCGAUGUCUCAGAGCUCACAGAGCAUGCUGUACAAUCCCAUGCUGAUGAUGUGUCAGAACAUCCAGGGCAAUCCGAGCCUCAGUGGCAGCGCUGGGGCUGGUUUUCCUGGAGGGUUCCCCAUGUACAAUCAGUACCUGUACCACUACUGCUACAUGGACCCAGAGGAGGCGGUUGCGUUAGUUUUGGGUCUGAUGGUGGUGUUGGCCCUGUCUCUGUCUGCCUACUACGCCUACAAGACCCGCAGCAAGAUUUGGCGCCACGGCAAAGCCAACAUCUACUGGGACGAGCCGCUGGUCAGGUCGUCAGAGAGCCAGGAUGUACAGGACUGGGUGAACCAUGUUGGAGAUGUGCGCAGCACCCAGCAGGCACCAACUGUUGUUGUGUCAGAGAGAGCAGCACCUGACCUGAGGGCAGAGAACAGUGUGGUCUCCUACGGCAACAGAACAGUCAGCGUCCACAGUGAGGGACAUUAUAAAGGCAACAGUUUCUCUGCCGACAACAGUAACCGUGGGGCUGCGGAGCCUCUGAGCCACAACAGCAGAGUCACAGUUUGCUCCAGCAGCUCCUCAGAUGAGACCGUCAGCAUCAGGAAACCUGCUCCUUAUCACGUGAAGAAGGAACAGAGGAAGGACCCAGAGCCCAGGCCGUCUGCUCCGGAGAUGAUGGAGUCCCCGUAUGAAACCGGUUACACCACCGGAGACACCGGCAAUGAGCUGGACCGGGACCACACGAAUUACCUCUACAGGCUGUACCCAGAGAUAACUUCAGAUGUGCAGCGCCGCCUGUACAAGAAGGAGUUUGACUCCGAUCUUGCCCGCUAUAAGAGCCUCUGCGCCGAAAUGGAUGACAUCAGUGACCAGAUGCACAAGCUGAGCCGAGAGCUGGACAUGUUGGACGAGGACUCCAUGAAGUACCAGGGUGUGGCAGACGAAUAUAACCGACUCAAAGACCUGAAAAAGACUCCAGACUAUCAAGCAAAGAAGAGGCAGUGCAAAGAACUUCGGCAAAAACUUUUCCACAUCAAGCGUCUGGUGAAAACCUUUGACCAAGGUCUUUGUUAGUGUGCGUCUUAAUAAUCUGUCCGAACAGCGAGGAUGAACACUGACGGGGUGUGACCUGGCUAAAGAAACACGGAUUCAUCCUCCAUCUUCAGUUUUAUUUCUUUGCUGUUUGAACUGUGACAGUUCAGCUCAACACGACCCUCAUGCCGGCCUCACUGAACCUCAACUGUUUGUGACCCCAGUGUUUACGUUUAAACUUCUCUGUGUGGUUGUAACAUUUGAAUUUGUUGUAACUUGUGUUAGAUUUUACUUUAAGUGGCAGUUUUAAUGUAAUAAUGUGUAAUUGUUACAGGAUGUUGAAAUAUGGGAGGUAAUAAAUGUCAGUUUUUAUACAGAGAUAAUGUCAUGACUGAAGGUUGAAAAAGAGAAAAUUAUGUGAAUAAAUAAUCAGUUAACGUACUUCAGUUUUUGGAAUUGACUUUCAUUAUCAGGUGGCACAGUGAUGCAGUGGUUAGCAUUGUGACCUCACAGCCAGAGGAUUCUGGUUCAAACCCAGAGUGGGAGCCCUUCUGUGUGGAGUUGCAUGUUCUCCCCAUGUCAUUGUGGGUUUACUCCAGGUACUCCGGCUUCCUCCCACAGUCCAAAGACAUGCAGGUUAAUUGGUGACUCUAAAUUGUCCGUAGGUGUGAAUGUGAGUGUGAAUGGUUGUCUGUCUCUAUGUGUCAGCCCUGUGAUAGGCUGGUGACCUGUCCAGGGUGUACUCUGCCUCUCACCCAGUGUCAGCUGGGAUUGGUGACCCUCUACAGAAUAAGCGAUUACAGAAAUAAAUGUGAAUAUUUCUUCCAAAUGGUUAAUUUUGGCGAAAGCUUAGAUUUGGUUAGGUUUCCUGACGGAAGCGUUUGUCGCGCAUGAUGUGUUAAAAGACUGUUGGAAAUUUUAAAAUCCAACCAUUAUUUCUGUAUUUACAGUUUCCGGUUUUGAUAAAAGGUGUUAUUUUGGCAGUUGUUAAAGGAAACAUACCUUUCAAACCCGCUGGCAGGUUUUGGGGUUCAGAGUAUUUCUGGACGCAUUCACACUGGCGCUAUUUGGUCCACUUUAAAUGAACCCUGGUCCACUUCCACGGAUAGUUCGGUUCGUUUGGAAUGGCGUGAAGGCUCAUUCAAACUCUGGUGCGGACCACACGAGCAAACCCUGGUCCGCUUGAAAACUGGGGGUCUCGGUUCACUUGCAAGUGAACCCUAGUGUGGUUCGCUUACAGUGGGACAUGCAAACAGACUAUCGAGCAAACCAAAGAGAGGAAGAGACGUAGAGCAGUGCGAACCAGGAGAAGCAGAGGUAAAAAAAAAAAAAAAAAGUCGGAAAACGUCUCGUGGGCAGACUUGGAGUAGUGAGGAGGUGCAGGCACUUAUUAAUAUAUGGUCAGAGGGCUAUUGCUCCGUUGUUUUUAUGGUGGCCAAGCCGGCUGAAGAGGAUGGAUUUCCGUUUUUGGUCUUGGCCAAUCGAUGAGCUGGGUUUUCUUCUUCCUCAUGCUUUUUUUCUUCCUGGUCAGUGGUCGUUUUGGGAAAUACCGCCCCCAAAUGAGCAACUGUUGUAACUGCGUGACGUCGUCCAGGCAGUUUGGUCCACUUUAAAAAGUGCAGUGUGAAAGUGAACCAAACCAGAUGAAGGUGUGAAAUUUUUCAGCAUUACCCCAGCUGGGUGCUCCGGCUUCCUCCAACAGUCCAAAGACAUGCAGGUUAAUUGUUGACUCUAAAUUGUCCCUAGGUGUGAAUGUGAGUAUGAAUGUGUCAGCCCUGUGAUAGUCUGGUGACCUGUCCAGGGUGUACCCCACCUCUUGCCCAAUGUCAGCUGGGAUAGACUCCAGCAGCCUACAGGAUAAGCAGUUACAGAAAAUGAAUGAAUGAACUUCCAUUAUUAAAACACUUCUACAAUUAUGGUACAUGUUGCAGUGUUUAUUUGGCAUUCUUCAUACAGAUGUAAUUACAACACUUUUUCAAGUAAUUUGAAAAACAAAAACGUAACUAAAGACACAUCGUCAUCUUCUGAUUCUUUUAAUAACGUUGCCAUACACAUGAAAGUUUAAAAACUUAAGAACUCAGUAACACAAAGAUAAGAAAACAUUAAUAGCAUAUUCAUCUUUUUCUUUUCUUUUUUUUUU